UUCACAAUGCCAAAGCCAGCCUUCUCCUUUAUUAUCUUCCUUUCCCUUCUCUUCCUUUUCUUAGCUCUGUUUACCUCCGCCGCCGAGUCGCCUUCCGCUGCGUGCAAGUCCACCCUCUACCCGAAGCUCUGCCGUUCGAUCCUCUCCACCAUCCGCUCCUCUCCGUCAGAUCCCUACGGCUACGGCAAGUUCUCCGUGAAGCAAUGUCUCAAGCAAGCGCGCAAAAUGUCGAACACCAUCGACCGCUACCUGAUCACCCAAAAGCGACGGCCGUCAAUGAGCCACGCCGAGGUCGGCGCGCUGGAGGACUGCCGCCAGCUGUCCCAGCUCAACGUGGAGUACUUGCAGUCCAUCUCGGCUGAGCUGCUGUCGCCGGUGAGCGGCGAGGUGGUGGAGCAAGUGCAGACGCUGCUGAGCGCGAUCGUGACGAACCAGCAGACUUGCUUCGACGGGCUCGAGGAUUCCAGGAGCAGCAUUGUGAGCGCGUUGUCGGAGCCGCUCAACAACGUGACUCAGUUGUAUAGUGUGUCGCUUGGGUUGGUGACGCAUGCGUUGGAUCGAAAUCUUAAACGAAACAAAAGGAAAACGGGUGGGUCUGGAGGUGGGUUUCCGACAGUAGAGCACCCGGUCCGUGAACCACUUGAAACUCUCAUCAAGGUUCUACGGAAAACCAGUUGCAAUAAUAAAUCAACGCAGUGCCCACCAAAGAAGGAAAGAAUUCUAAGUGAAUUUGUAGAAAGCAAUGGCGUUCUUAUAAGCGACACCGUAAGUGUGGGCUUAAAUGGUACCCAAAACAACUUCACGUCGAUCGCGGAGGCCAUCAAAUUUGCUCCCAAUAAUUCAAAGCCAGAAGAUGGAUAUUUCGUAAUCUACGCGACACAAGGAUUUUACGAGGAGUAUGUUGUGGUUCCAAAGCAUAAGAAGAAUAUAAUGUUGGUUGGAGAUGGGAUCAAUCAGACGGUCAUCACGGGAAACCAUAGUGUUGUUGAUGGGUGGACAACUUUUAAUUCUUCAACAUUUGCUGUUUCUGGAGACCGGUUUAUAGCCGUAGAUGUCACGUUCAGGAACACUGCUGGUCCGGAGAAGCACCAAGCAGUAGCUCUAAGGAGCAAUGCUGACCUGUCCACUUUCUACCGUUGCAGUUUUGAAGGCUACCAGGACACUCUUUAUGUUCACUCUCUCAGGCAAUUCUACAGGGAAUGUGAAAUUUAUGGAACUGUGGAUUUCAUAUUUGGAAAUGCUGCUGCUGUCUUUCAGAGCUGCAAUCUAUACGCUCGGAAGCCAAUGGCUGCUCAAAAGAAUGCCUUCACCGCCCAAGGCCGGACCGACCCAAAUCAGAAUACAGGCAUAUCCAUCCACAACUGCACAAUCGAAGCUGUACCAGAUUUGGCAAUGGAGAUGAACUCCACAUUAAAUUAUUUGGGGAGGCCUUGGAAGGCGUACUCAAGGACUGUGUACAUGCAAUCAUAUAUAGGCCGUUUGAUCCAUCCAAUGGGAUGGUUGGAAUGGAAUGGAACCGUUGGAUUAGACACACUCUACUAUGGGGAGUUUGAGAAUCAUGGGCCAGGGGCAGAUACUAGAAUGAGAGUACAUUGGCCUGGUUAUAUCUUGAUGAAUGCUUCACAGGCUUUGAAUUUUACAGUUUACAAUUUCACAAUGGGGGAUACUUGGUUGCCAGAUACUGAUAUCCCCUUCUCUGCAGGACUUCUAUAGACUAGACUGGAGUUUUGCAACUAGAUAAAACUUCCAUUAUUCAGUGCUUAAUUUUCUAAUGAUUUUUUGGAACCCUAUU